CGCGAGUGAGCUGGGAAGCGGGAGGCCGGAAGGCCGGGCCUGGGGGUUUCACUUGGGGAGCCCGCCGCUCUCCGGUCCCCGGUAGGGCACGGGCGGGGAGGCCUAGCGGUUUGGCGCCACAAUGCUGCGCGUGGUGAGCUGGAACAUUAAUGGGAUCCGGAGCCCUCUGCAAGCGGAGGAGCCCAACUCCACCACCAUGGCCAUGGCGCGCAUUUUGGACAAGCUGGAUGCUGACAUCCUCUGUCUUCAGGAGACUAAAGUUACCAGGGAUGUGCUGACGGAGCCCCUGGCCAUCAUUGAGGGCUAUAACUCCUAUUUCAGCUUCAGCCGCAUCCGGAGUGGCUAUUCCGGUGUAGCCACCUUCUGUAAGGACAGCGCCACCCCACUGGCUGCUGAAGAAGGCCUGAGCGGUCUGCUUGCCCCUCAGAAUGGGGGCGUGGGUUGCUAUGGAAACAUGGAUGAAUUCAGCCAAGAGGAGCUUCGGGCUCUGGAUAACGAGGGCCGGGCCCUCCUCACUCAGCACAAGAUCCGCACGGGGGACGGGAAGGAGAAGAUCUUGACCAUAAUCAACGUGUACUGCCCCCACGCUGACCCUGGGAGGCCUGAGCGGCUGACCUUUAAGAUGCGCUUCUAUCGCUUGCUGCAGAUUCGAGCAGAAGCCCUCCUGGCAGCUGGCAGCCAUGUGAUCAUUCUGGGUGACCUGAACACAGCGCACCGCCCCAUUGACCACUGUGAGGGAGUCAACCUGGAAUGCUUUGAAGAGGACCCAGGACGCAAGUGGUUGGACGGCCUGCUCAGUAAGCUGGAUUGCCAGGGUGGGGCUUUUAUUGAUACCUACCGCUGCUUCCAUCCAAAGCAGGAGAGGGCCUUUACCUGCUGGUCAACAAUCACUGGCGCCCGGCGUGCAAACUAUGGCACCCGGAUUGACUAUGUGCUGGGAGACAGGACUCUGGUUAUAGACACCUUCCGGGACUCCUUCCUGCUGCCUGAGGUGAUGGGCUCAGACCACUGUCCUGUGGGUGCAAUCCUGAGCGUGUCUUCUGUGCCAGCAAAUCAAUGCCCUCCUCUUUGCACCCGCUUCCUCCCUGAGUUUUCAGGCACCCAGCUCAAGAUCCUUAAUUUCCUAGUCCAGCCCAAACAAGAGCCUGUGUCCAAGCAGUCAGUGCUGCAGGUCAGCAGUCAAACCCAGGGACAGAUGCGCCAAAACAAAGCCCAGGUGCGCUCGAUCAGGCCUCGGCCAAGUCGGGCUGGCUCCAGCAGAGGCCAGAAAAAACUGAUCAACUACUUCCAGCCAUCCUCCAGCCGUCUCAAGGCUUCUCCCAAUGUGGAGCUUCCUAACCUGUGUGCCCUUGUGACCCCAAAGAUCCCAGAAGACGAGGUGAUGGGAAAAGGGGUAGAGGGGCAGGCCAAGGAUGCAGAGGCCAAGGAUAAGAAGGAGGUAUGGACGUCAUUCUGGAAGUCUGUGCUGGGAGGUCCCUUACCUCUGCCGCUCUGUGGGGGCCAUGGGGAGCCAUGUGUGAUGCGAACUGUGAAGAAGGCAGGACCCAACCAGGGUCGCCAAUUCUACAUGUGUUCCAGGCCCCGGGGGCCUUCCACUGACCCUUCUUCUCGCUGCAACUUCUUCCUCUGGAGCAGGCCCAGCUGAGCCCACCCAGCCAAGGAGUAUCUGGCCUGGUCAGCCCUGUAUAUGAACUGAGGCCAGCACCUUCCUAAGCUGUCACCUCCUCCCCCAAGGCCUCCUUCCUCACCCCCCUCCUCCUCUACCUUUCUCAGGGAUCCUUCUGUUUCUUCUUUCUCUUAUUCCUCUAAGGCCUCUCUCCUCUCUCUUCCUGACUUGCUCCUCACUGGUGAGCUACUUUUGCCUUAAAUCUGCACCCCAGUCCUCCACCCCAAUUUCCACCUUCCUGUAAGAAAUACACAGGAACCAGUGGCUCCAGGAACUUUGAAGACCCCUUCUUCCCUUGCUAGGAAAUGUAUCAGCCUCAAUAAAGUCUGUGUCUUUGUUUUAGUGC